CAUCACAUCUCGAAUUCUUUCCCUCUCCACUACGUUUACGAUUCCAAAUACCACGUCUCACCCGUUUGACCUCGACAGGUCUCAUUAGCGACUCUUUGAAUUACCCACGGCGGCUUGAACACAAGCGCAACAAAUGCCGCCAGGUCGAGGCGGUCGCGGCGGCGGCAGAGGAGGGCGAGGCGGAGGAGGCUUCAACCCAGCACGAGGGACUAUCAGUAUCGCUGGAAUUGAAUUGAAUUGGGAUCUAUCGGGACUAGAGAUUCCAAGAGGCCCUGCCGAACGUUUCCCUAAAGCUCCUCCACCGCAAGCACCACCUCCAAGCGAGGACGAUAGCGCCGCCGUAAAACACUCCCUCGCAGUCCGCGACACCAUCCACGAAGGCUCCUUCUAUACUAUUCUCAACGAUGGCAUGACAACUGGACUGAAGCGCAAAGUGGGAGAAGAUGGCCCCACUGAGACAUCGCUGUUCAAUCCCUUCACGGACAACCAGACGUAUACCUCGAAGUAUUUGAAGGUUCGGCGCAGGAUACCGAAGCUAGAUACGCGUCCAUAUGUCGCGGACCUUUUCCCUCCCGAGUUGCGCUCUAUCCUGGAUCAUUCUGGAACAACUGCAAAUGGCGAUACCUCUGGUGAUCGGCCCAACAAAAAGCGGAAGGUCUUGCAGAUCUCCAAGGGUAAUGCAGUAACCCAGAUCGAACGCUAUAUCAAGGACGAAGAACAACGGACGAAAUUGAUGGAGGAGCGCGGAGAAGAUGAUGAAGACGCGGAUCUUGAUGACGAGGAGCAGGACGAUGACAAGCCGGACGCCGUGGACGAAGAGGACAACUGGUCCGCCGUGUCCAGCGACUCAGAAGAGUCUGGAGAUGAUUACAACGCGGAACAGUAUUUCGAUAACGGUGAAGACGACGAUGUCGAUGAGGACGACCCAUACGACAAUACUUAUUAAGACCCUGGGGGAUCUCAUUUAGUUGGUGGAACGACAAAAACAAGCAUAGCAUGGCAUGGCAUUGCAUCAGGAGUUUGGGCAGAUACCCUUUUUAGUUGAAAACAUCUCUCUAUCUACAUCUG